AUUUGGUUCUGCUCUUGAUUUCAAAAGCUUUAUGUUGUAACAUUUCUAGAUACAAAGAGGAAAAAGAUGGCUCAGCGACGACAUGUUCAAGAAACAAUGCGAAGAUUAAAUUUGAAUGCCUCGCCCCCGCCGCCAACUGAAGACAAAGACGACCGAUUCAGACGCGAGUUGGAAGAGAAACAAAACAAUGAACAUUACCAGAAAAUGCAGGAAAUUAGAAAAAAACUACCAGUUUAUGAUAAUGCAAAGCUCAUCUGUGGCACGAUAGCAGCCAGGAAGAACCAGGUUGUGGUGAUCAGCGGGGAGACGGGCUGUGGGAAAAGUACUCAGGUGCCUCAGUUUAUCCUUGAUGAUUACAUCAUGAAUGGUAUGGGGUCACACUGCCGUAUUGUGUGUACCCAGCCGAGACGGAUUAGCACCAUAAAUUUAGCGCACCGCGUUGCUGAGGAAAGAGCAGAAAGAUGUGGUGGAGAUAACAGCAGUGUUGGAUACCAAAUAAGGCUUGAGGCUGAAAAACCCAGAGAGAAUGGGUCCAUCCUGUUCUGUACAACUGGAAUCAUGCUAAAAAGACUAGAAUCUGACAAGUACCUGGACAGGGUGUCUCACCUCAUUCUAGACGAAAUUCACGAGCGUGAUAUCAACUCUGAACUGCUGCUGAUUAUCAUGAAGGAAAUUCUACCGCACCGAGAGAACAUGAAACUCAUCUUAAUGAGCGCAACACUGAGAGCAGAACUAUUUUCUCAGUAUUACAAUAACUGUCCUAUGUUGGAGAUACCUGGGAGAAUCUACCCUGUCCAGGAAUACAACUUGGAGGAUGUGGUGGAGAUGAUCAGCUACAACCAUCGUACAGAAUAUAGACCUGCCCCACGCAAACCUGAACGGCGGGCAUUUGAAGCUUGGCUACACAGUCUCGACCCAGUCAAAUAUUCUGAUACGACAAAAAGGAUUGUCGAUGAGCUUUCAAGUAGCAACGAUAUCGCUCUUCAUCUCGUCAAGGAACUCAUCAGAUACAUCUCCCAGACGCAGGGCGAUGGCGCGAUCCUCGUCUUUAUGCCCGGUUGGGGUCCAAUGGCUGAGCUCCAGGACAUGAUGAUGAAAGAACAGCUGUUCAAAUCGGAUUGUUUUGUUUUUCACCUUAUGCAUAGUGGAUUGAUGUCCACUGAGGAUCUCCAGAAGGCCUUUGAAUGUCCAGCGGAGGGAGUGCGGAAAGUUGUCAUUGCGACCAACGUGGCAGAAACCAGUCUUACAAUAGAUGAUAUUGUGUACGUCAUUGACUGUGGCAAAGUGAACUUGAAAAUGUAUGAAGUUCGACGGAAUCUCUCCGAGUUGAGGACGGUACCGAACUGCCUCGCUAACUGCCGGCAGAGAAAGGGGCGGGCAGGAAGACUAAGGCCUGGUGUUUGCUACUACCUGUUUACGAGUUUUGAGCAUAAACGACUCAAAGAGUACCAUGAGCCAGAGAUCCUGCGAAUCCGAUUGGAGGAAUUGUGCUUACAGAUAAAGUUAUUGAGGCCCGACGACAAGAUCAUCCCAUUCCUAGACAAUGCAAUGAAGGCACCUCCACGCAGCACAGUUGAGAAGUCUAUCGAGCUCCUCUUCCAAUUGAAUGCUUUUGAAGGUGACGAAAAGCUCACCCCUCUGGGCACUCAAUUGGCUCAAAUGCCUGUCAACCCGCAGAUAAGCAAGAUGAUCGUAUUUGCAGCAGUGUUCUGUUGUCUUGAUCCGAUCCUUACAGUGGCAGCAUGUAUUGACUAUAAGUCGCCAUGUUACAUGCCAAAGGCGGAAGAUCAGAGACUUGAAGCUGACAAAAAGAAGCGAAUUCUAGCCCGAGGAACCCACAGUGACCACCUGAUGUUUAUCAACGCGUAUAACGGAUGGUGUGAAGCCAAGCGGCAUGGAAAUUCAAAGGAUUUCUGCAAGGAAUUCUUUCUUUCGCCGAACAUCUUGAAGGAGCUGAAGAAACGGCGGACCCAGUUUGCAGACAUUCUGGUUGAACAAGGCUUCAUUAAUUCAGCAGAAGACGAAGACGCAAAUGUCAACAUGGAGAACGAGAAUCUUCUACGAGCUGUCCUCUGUGUUGGCUUGUACCCAAAUGUGGGGUUAAUAAACACUCAGAGGAGGGUUGAGGCAUUAGGGGCGCAUUACUAUAAAGUCAUAACAUAUGGAGAAGAAGUUAAAUUGGCUAAAAAGUCUGUUAAUUGUGACCAGCCAAUUCCAGAACCUUUCAUAGUUUAUUUCGAGAUGAUGAAAACUUCUAAGAUCUUCAUUUUUGACUCCACCGGUAUCUCGCUUAACCCGCUGAUAUUCUUUGGAAGAGAUCUACAGAUCAAGAGUCGCACCAAAGACGAAAAUAUCAAUAUGGCGGUCGAUAAUUGGACCCAGUUUGAAACGACUGUAGAGAAAGCCUUGGAAUUACAGAACCUCCGCCAAGCGCUCUGGAGUGUUCUCGGGAAGAAGUUCAACAACCCCGGGCCAACAGAUUGGAGUGAGAUGGAGGAGGAGGGUCAAGUCAUGAAGAAAGUCCUUCGCUUUAUUACGGAAGAUGUCUCAGUGGCUGUUGGUGACGAGGCAGACGGGGCUGGGAUGUAUUAGUGCAAAAUGAGUCAGUUUAUGUCGGACUGGGAUCCAAAUCCUGAUCCUACCUUGAUAGAUGGAUAUCUGAUGACGUCACAAAAGUGCAUUGAUUCAGACAUUUUCUGCUCUGUACGGUUUAUUUCUCUACCAUUUGUAGCGAAAUCUUCUUAUUGUUAAACUGUAAUUGUGUCCACCUCCUCAGGUGCAAGGUAUGAAUGAGAAAUACCCUGAAUCAAAAUGGCCCAUCUGAGUGACCCCCAAAAUGACCAUUAGGCUUUAACUGACAAUCCUUAACCGUAUAGUCCUGUAGUUCGGUUUGGAAGCUCCAACUAGAGUCCCAAUGAAUGGACUAUAAAGUGUAUAAACGGAUGGUGUAUCAUAAAGAGAGUGUAAAUAAUUGUAUCCAAACCCACUGUGAUAUUUAUUUACUUAAUUGUAUGUAUGAGGAGAAGUGGUAAUACAUUUUGUAUUGUUUUCUCAAUGAAAUGAUUAUCAGCAGGCCCUCUCAAUUGUCAACAGGCCUUUUAGAAACACAUUAGGUUCCAUCAUAGCAAAUUGGCUCAAUCAGUCUUCAGGAGGGAUAAAUAAUUUUGUAACAAGUAUUCGUUCUGCAAAAACAAGGGAGUUUGAAGUUGUCUCAUGUGUGUUUGUCUAAUGUACAUUUUUGUAUUAUGUGUGUAUGUAUGCUAAUUAUAUCCUUCCAACUGUCUAAUGCAAUAAAAUGGAAAUGGAAUGUA